CAGCGAAAGAAAGCUUGCCUCUCGAUUUCAUAUUCUUCCUGUGAGGGACACGACGCUUACGAAAUCAUUUGCAUUUGUGCUACGAAACGUGAAGGGCAUUUGAUGGUGGGUGUAUGGUGUGGUGGUUAUAACGAUUUAGUGUUGACAUAUUUACACAACAGAUCUCUUAUUGUUAACGUCACUUACUUUCAGUAAAUUUGCGCAAUUUUUAGGAACAUAAAUUGCGAUGUGUAGGGAGGAAAUAUGUUUUUUAGAAAUUACAAUCGGUGCAAGGAUUGUCGGUGUGGUAGGAUUGAUUAUUUCAGGGAUUGUAAUGUCACAACUUAUAUCAGAGCUUAUUCAAAAUGAUGGACACGUCGAAAUCUUUACAAUAUUAGGAGUUGGUAUGGACAAAUUCGGCACUUAUGAAGAUACUAAAGGAAGAUCAGCAUCAAAGGACUUCAUAAUUAUUUGCUGCUUUUUUAUACUUGCACAAAUAAUCGCAAAUAUUCUGCUCAUCUGGGGCACAAUAGUGAAGAACAGGCUGUACGCAUUUCCGUGGCUCCUGUGCGAGACAGCAAGCUUACUGAUGCAAAUGGUGGUAUUUGUGUAUUAUGCCAAGCACAAAAAGAAUGAGAUGGACAGAUGGUUUACCACUGCAGCCCUUUCGUUACUACGUACUUGUGGUAUAUUGUGUUCCGCGCCCAGGAGGAAUGGAGCAGAGAACGCGAAGAUGAAGAAGAUAUUCCACGUGGUGUCGAAGACCAAAUCGACUGAAGUGUCCAUUUCCACAGACAAUUUACCUGAUCCUCCAUAACUACCAGUAGCAACUGUAAUCAGUGAACCAGUACAAGUCUUCCGUUAAGCACAUGAACAAAGACAAGAUUAUUACAAAGUUCGGAAGAUUAGAAUGCAAUUAUGAAUAAGGCUCUAUACCGUUACACCUAUAGUUAACAGAUACACAAUGAAUAUAAUUAAUAGUGUAUUUUCAAAGAAGUAUGUCUUAAUAUCUAUACUUUUAUAUAAAAUACUGUUGUAUUACCUAUAAAGAAAUAUGUCAUUAUAAUUUGUUUGGCCUUUUGAACUUG